GUCAGUCUGCCAGUCAUGUGCAAUUGCCAACUGCUGAGGUCUCUAUGGCCACAGGUCCAGAAGAUCGACACCAAUCUCAUUCUUGGCAAGACUGGUUCUAUCACCAACGGUCUGCGCCACUAUGUUUUGGAUUCAAGCGACCAUCUCUGCCUGCAGCUGGUCUUUGACUCAAUGCGGCGUGAGUCAAUCGGCAAUGCGGCGAAGUUGGGACUCUAGUCUCCAACAGCUUCAGCUGCGUAUAUAUCAACCACGCAGUCGUCAAAUCGUUCACAUUUGGAUCCUGGACUGAUAGCUCAUUACAAUUUGCUUCAGGGCAUCACGUUCGUCAAUACCCUCAGAACUUGCCGGCAGCCAACCAAGGGCUCAAGCUGGGCGCAUCCUCACCUACGAUGGCCGAAAUACAGAAGCCGCGGGUCUAUGAUCUGCUCAUUCUCACCGAUGCCACGAUGUCGAUGCAUGCAUACCUUCAUGCUCUACAUACAUCACUCCCCAAGAUCAUCGCCGUCUCGGCUCUCACUGAUGCUUUCGCCCGUAUAGGCGUGCUAGCAUAUCGCGAUUAUUGCGGCGGUGAACUGACUGAAUGGUCAGGGUGGUACGGAAGAGAUGGUGAUCCCAACUGCACCAGAGAUGAGUUGAUCAGAUUCACCCGAAAUCUCCGACCGGCCUAUGGUGGUGACUGGCCGGAAGCAGCCAAAACCGGGUUCGCCAGAGCAUAUUCCAGGGAGAAUCUAUCUCACGGUGCUUUUGGGCCGUCUAGUAGUUGGUUUCAGGAUUGGAUACACGCUACCCGUGCGAUGCAGGGACACAGCCUCGACGAAAAGGGGGAUGGCAAGCAGUCACAAGUAUUUGCCAUAGUCCACAGCCACCUUGUUGACACACUUUCUCCGUACAUCUUCAUGUGUCACGAAACCAAGGGCUCGUGCUUCCAGAUUGAUCGGGCGCAGUCCGACCUUAUUUCUUCCAUGACGAUGGGCCUCUUGCUGUCGUGGAUGGGGGUAUGGAAGCGUGGGAGUAACUCGGCCAGUCUCGCAACGCUUCACACAUACAAGGAUGCCUCUCACGCGGCCAGUCUUGUCGACGAAGCUGAAAAAAAGGCAGCUCCGUUCUUCACUCAAGUCGACAGCGAGGCGCAUGAGAAAAUCGUCAAAGACAAUCUCGAAAAACAUUUCGUCAAUAAUGACACCUUGAGAUCUGUGAUCACACCACGAGAGAUCCCAGUCAAGGACUUCGCCAAGCGAUAUGCUGAGGACGAAUCGUAUCGGGGCCUUGUCGUGGAACAACUCCGUCGCAUCAUUCAGGAAGACGUUUUGUCUGUUUCUAUCAAUCCUGUUUUUGGGGCACUAUGGCGUGCAGUAUGCAACGAUCGAACAAACGAGGCACGAGACGGCCUAAUCCAGGAUUUUGGCGCCAGUAUUGAAAGGAUUGUGCGGUAUGACGACAAGCAGAAGAUGAAGGCGUGGCUAGAAGAGUCGUACAACUACAGUGCAGAAAUAACUGCUAUCAUUGAAGAGGUCCCGGAAGAGGACCGAUAUCCUUGUGUGUUCCUGGAUCCAACGCAGGACUGGAGUCUUCCGACAUUUGAGAACGACGGAUACGAGAAGACGACCACCAUCACCGCGUUCUCUCGAGAUGAACUACUGGAAAUCGGGAGAUCUUGCGAUUACAGGAUUCUGCGGCGACUCGGACGCGUAUUGACACGAUUGACGUAUGCUGAGUCGAAGAAAGAUAUACCUGCCCACAUGAGGGAUACGAAAAUGGAAGAAGUCCCGAUGAUCCCACUUGCCCUAGCAGAUAUAAAGUAUAAGCGCACCUUCUGGAAGAUCUUACUCCACAUUGUUGUUUCGGGUACUAAACUUGGUGCGCGGCCGGCAGCACUGCUGGCGGCUCUGAGUAUUCGGAUGGGUAUGAAGCCAUUGAUGGCCGCUGCCGAUUCCGAGAUGAUCAAUUGGAGUACAAACUGGAAUAACCUUGAAAUUCCUGAAAUCUGGAACACCAAUUGCCUAUCCUUGAUACUGGAUGCCGACAUAAACUUCGAAACGCGGAAGGCAUGUGGGGAUAUGGCCCUUGGCCAUGCCCAAGCAAACUUCUUGAGUGAAGAUGACCGUCAGUUAUUCGAGCGUCUGGUUGAUUACAGUAUGCUCAAGGCCAAUAUGAGCACAUCUCUGACGGCCAAGGUGGGAUGGCGCCCCAACAAGUCCAAGGUGCCAAUUGGGCCGCUGGUUGUAUGCGGGUCGUGCGAGUUCCCUCGUUCAGUGACAAUGAUGGCCCCUAGAGGUAUCUGCGGUCUAUGCGCUACCCCUGAUGGAGAUUUUGGCCGUGGGAAAGACAGGAAAUCCAAGCCAGAAGCCCUUUUACUAAAUGUGUCGAAGGACCAGGCAGUACUAACUGAAGCCACAUGGGUUGAGUGCAGCGUUCCCACCUGCCGUACACAUUACAUCAUCUAUGAUACCGACGGCCUGAGGGUGCGACCGAAAUGUUACUACUGUCGACAGCAGAGCAUGUACUCUGAGUGCACUCGCGACCUCGACCCCGCGCCACGGGUAGAGUGUGUAAAGUGUCUAAAUCGGAUGAUAUGGCCGGAGGAGUAUCGCCCCAGUGAUCUUGACCUUUCAAAGUUUCGGUGUACGGCAUGCGCAGAUGGUCGUUCGACAAUCGUUGACGUAGAAACCACCCCAAAGGCGUUGGCGGCUGAGAAUGGGUAUAAAUGGCUCAUUCGCAACAGCGGUAACAAGAUCAAGAUGCCGCUCGACGAAAUAUCUCUCUUUAAGACCAUCACUGCGGCUGGGGUUCAGGGCUUCGUUGACGAGGUCGAGAUCUUACCGGUGUCAGCAACGCAGACCCUCCACAUUCACGGCAAGCGGGUUCACAACACAUCCGAAGUCAUUAAAUCGCUAGAAGGGUGGAUCAAGAAACGUCGCGUCGAAGCAGGAAUUUGCAGUCUGUGUUUCUCUAACUUCAAGAAGAGGGACUUGAGAACGGCCUGUGGCCGCUCGGGAUGCUUGCAGAAUAUCUGUGCCGGUUGCCGAGAAAGCUGGUACGGCAUCAACACUCGCGGCCGCCUCAUCAACGUCGCAGCGCUUUCUUGUCCCUUCUGUCGCCGCAUACCUGCGCCCAAGGCAGUGCCUUCGCAAGUGCGAUUCCUAGGGAACUUGGCAGAUGCUGUCAAGGAAGCAGGCUCAUGGAUCUACGCCUGGUGCAAUGACUGCGGGCUCGCCAAGCGGCAUAUGGAGCGUGUGUGCGCCAAUGGCACCCCUGCGGAAGUCGAACGGUGGACUUGCGACGAGUGUAAGGAGAAAGGGGGGAAGGAGGUUAGGAUGACUAUCAGAAACUGCCCAGGCUGUGGCACACCCACGGAAAAGAUGAGCGGCUGCGACCACAUUUCUUGCACUCAAGCUGGCUGCGGAACUCACUGGUGUUUCUCCUGUGGUGAGAAGCAAGAUGAGAGAGGCAUUUAUACUCACAUGACGACUGAACAUGGUGGCUUCUACGGAGAUGCCGAAGAUUUGGGCGAUUAUGGAGCGGACUAUUCGGACGAUGAAGGAGAGUGGUGA